CACUUGAGCCCCUCCCACCUGGUUCUUUCCCCUGCAUGCGUUCGAGUGUAUAUGCCGCCUCGGAGAUGCAGAAAAAUGCCAGGAUCUGAUAUUCGCUGAAACAGGAUCUUUGUCAAGGAUGAAUGGAUUCACGCUCCCCAGGCGGGGAGUUGCGCCCCUACUCUCGGUUCCCCGCAGGUGUCGCACCCAAUCGAACGCGCUUACUCGACCACACAAUCGAAGGCACAGUACAAACUCGAAUGCAGUCUUGACCGAAAGGUCUGCUGCAUCGAAUGCGCCUACCACAACUCUUUCUGAAUCCGAGCCCUCUCCGUCCCUCCAGUCCUCCUCGUCCCGAUGGUCCGCCCUCAGAUCAGCGAAGCCCUUCUCCGAAUUCCUCACAGACACCUUCAAUCGUCAGCACGAUUACCUCAGAAUCAGUGUGACCGAGCGCUGCAAUCUCCGAUGUCUCUACUGUAUGCCCGAAGAAGGCAUAGAGCUGUCACCACCGAACCGUCUCCUCACCUCCCCCGAGAUCGUUUAUCUAUCGUCGCUAUUCGUCGCGCAGGGUGUCACGAAGAUUCGCUUGACUGGAGGUGAGCCUACUGUCCGAAAGGACAUCGUGCCUUUGAUGCAAUCAAUCGGUGAGCUGCGGCGCAACGGUCUCCGCGAGCUAUGCUUAACGACGAAUGGAAUCUCCUUGCACCGCAAAUUGGACGCCAUGGCCGAGGCAGGACUCACGGGGGUCAACCUCAGCCUCGAUACCCUGGAUCCGUUCCAGUUUCAGAUCAUGACGAGGAGGAAAGGGUUUGACGCCGUGAUGAAGAGCAUCGACCGGAUCCUCGAGAUGAAUAAGAUGGGCGCCGGAAUCAAGUUGAAAAUCAACUGUGUUGUGAUGCGGGGGCUCAACGACCGGGAGAUCAUUCCGUUCAUCGAGAUGGGGCGUGACAACCCCAUCGAAGUGCGUUUCAUCGAAUACAUGCCAUUCGAUGGCAACAAAUGGAGCCAGGGUAAGAUGGUCUCCUACCAGGAGAUGCUGGCUAUCAUUUGGGAGAAGUAUCCCGCGCUGGAAAAGGUCGCGGACCAUAAGAACGAUACGAGCAAGACAUAUCAGGUUCCGGGCUUUAUGGGUCGAAUCGGGUUCAUCACCAGCAUGACCCACAACUUCUGCGGAACCUGCAAUCGCUUGCGUAUUACGUGUGAUGGAAAUCUCAAGGUGUGCUUGUUUGGGAAUGCAGAGGUGUCGCUGCGCGACAUCAUUCGGAAAGAAAACAAUGGCGAGCCCAUUGACGAAAACGCCAUGAAAGAUCUGCGACUCUUGGAAUCUGUGACCAGUGCAUAUCAAGUGAACGGCGAGGGUGAUCAACUCCCUCAGAGAGAACAAGAACUCCUCGACAUUAUCGGCAUGGCAGUGAAACGCAAGAAAGCGAAACAUGCCGGCAUGGGCAAGUUGGAGAACAUGAAGAACCGCCCAAUGAUUCUUAUUGAUAAUGGACUUAUGGGCAAAUCAAUCCAUCCCAGACCUUUUUCCAUACCGCGAACCAGGACGACAUCAAUUGCAUGGAACAAGAUUCCUGUGCACCUACUCUCCUCCGGCACAGGAUUUGCCACACAAGUGCGACACUAUUCCAGUGAACGUAAUAGCAACCCGUCUGCUGUAGACUCUCCAUGUACCCAUCCGGACCAGCCAAACGAGGACUUCAGCAAGAUAUCCCUCCCUACAGCCUCCGAUCCCGAUCUACCGCAUCUCAACAGCUCGCAGCACGUGCACAUGACCAAGAUCGCGGAGAAGGCCGUGACAAAACGGCAGGCUACAGCUACUUGUCUGGUGCAGUUCUCCAAUCCGCAGCCGUGGGAAAUACUACGCGAAGGCCGUGGUACAAAGAAAGGGGACGUAUUCAGUGUAGCCCGCAUUGCUGGUAUCAUGGCCGCCAAGAAAACUCCGGAUCUUGUUCCCCUGUGUCACCCAGGGAUCGGCAUCACUGGAGUCGAGGUGGACGUGAGGUUAGUGAGUCCCGAUGCGCUCUCACGUGCGGACGGAUCGAUGGGGCACGGGGCGAUGCAUGUCUUGGCUACUGUGAGCUGCUUAGGACGGACGGGGGUGGAGAUGGAAGCGAUGACUGCGACUAUGGGAG